AUGCCGACAAUUCAAACACAUUACCGACAAGUCAAUGAUGGUAUGUCUGGUAUUGUUCCAGGCAUUUUCGGUGGUUUACAAUUCAUUCUCUGGAUAGGUAUAAUUAUUUUCGAAAUAGUCAGUAUAUAUUAUGAUCCUGGUCGAGGUACUGUUUAUGCUGGUAUAUGGUGUUCAAUUAUUUUUUUCAUUACUUGGAUAUCAAUGUUUUGCUAUCUAUGUUGUCGUAAAUCAUCAGCAUGUGGAAUUUAUUUAGUUAUUCAAAAUAUAAUUAACUUGAUAUUUGCCACUAUACUUUUAAUAUUCACUUCCCGUUUUAUAAAAGAUCCUUGUUUAUGUUACAGUGCUUUAUGUUUCAUACCCAAUUGGAAUCAUAUUAAUUAUGAUGAUGAUGAUGAUCAUUUUUCAUAUUCAUGUACUUCAAGAACAUUUAAAAAAGUACCAAUGCUCAAAGGUCUUCUUGCUUGUGCAAUUUUAAUGCUUAUUUCUAAUAUUUUAUUUAUUAUUAUAUACUCAAUUGCUGUGAUUCGAUUACGUCAUAAGGCAAGAUCUCAUACUCGACAACCUGAUGUUGUGUAUCAUCAACAAACCGCAGCUGUGCAUAUGGGAGCACCGCCACCGUAUUAUGCAUCUACUAUGGCUCAUACUCCUUAUCAACAUCAACACUUAUAUCCAGUUCAAGAUACGCAAAGGCCAUCAGCACCACCGCCUUAUGAAGACUAUUCAAAUAAAUUUUGA